AUGCCUACCUUCGACCCUGACUCGGAUCACUUUCCCAAUCUCGCCGAUCUGGAGCAAAUCCCCGGAGCGCCCAAGCACGCGGCGUGGUUCUGGGGCGAGAAUGACGAGUUGGGCCGAUUGAACCUGCUCACGGCGCGGCGGGUCGCGGAUGCUGCCAGAUUGAUUCGCACGGGCGAGAGGGUCGCUUUGAACUUCCCCCUCGACUAUCCAGACCCCCCCUUCUUCGGCCGCGAAACCUUCAAACACCGCCUGAAGCAGCUGAACGAGUCCUCCUACGACGACCUGUACGAUUUCAACUCGCAGAGCGGAUCGCAAUGGGAUGGGUAUCGGCAUAGCAUCCGCACAAAACUUGACAGGUCGGCUUCUCGCAUAAUGGAUCUUGGGUUUGGUAUAACAAUACCACUCGCGAGCAAAUUGUCAAUUCACCGAGAAUCGGACUCCAAGCAUGGGGAAAACAGGGCAUCGGUACGUAUGACAGCACAUGGUCUCUUUCUCGUGCGUCAGAUCGACGGAUCCAUCAUGAAACUGACUCCUGGGGCCUUUCUUUUCCUAGCUGGCCGCGCCGUCCUUCUCGACAUCUACUCCUUCACGAAAGAAUCGUACGAUCCGCUCUCCGCCAGGAGAAUCACGCUGGCGGAGCUGCGCGCGUGCGCCGAAGCCGAGGGCGUCGAGUUCAAGUACGGCGACAUCCUGCUCGUGCGUACGGGCUGGUCCGCGGGAUACAACCAGCUCGACGCGGCGGGGCGGCAGGCGUACCGGACCAAAGGGUUCCACGAGCUGGCCUUUGCCGGGGUGGGCUGCGGGGAGGAGGUGGUCGAGUUCCUGCACGACAACUACUUCAGCGCCGUGGCGAGCGACUCGCCCACGUUCGAGUCCUGGCCGCCCUCUCUCGAGCCGGGUCAGGAGAUCCUGCAUUCCUUCCUCCUGCCGCUCUGGGGCGUGCCCAUCGGCGAGAUGUGGGACCUCGACGGCCUGGCCGAGCUGUGCAAAAAGACGCGUCGGUGGGAGUUUUUCCUCACCAGUUGUCCGGCAAAUGUCAAGGGUGAAAAAAUCCCUGUCCCUGUCUUUCUUUCACCAGAGCUUUCUUUGCUGAUCCUCUAUCAAAUAUAG